UCCGCCAUAAGUGCUUGGUACUGUAUGUAGGAAAGGAUCGUGUCAGUACGAGUCCCAGUACGGCCUCAUGCAGCAUUCUCCUUCGGAGAUCAAGGAGAAGUUACUGAGGGCACUGGAUAAGGAAUACAAUGUAAGGUUUUAAAUACUGUCGAAACACAUGAAACACCGAAAUUAAUAAAAAUUACGAAGAAACUUAGCUAAAUGCGCUGUGAAAGUGGCGUGUCUGACUCCAACUUGUGUUAGUUUUCCACUAGCUAAGGUAGAAAUACACCCAUAUCAGACAAGAAUUCCUUAACAGCAGUACCAUAAAUAUAUACAGGUUCAUUCAGAAGCGUGAUUUUGCUUAACAUAGUGGAAGAGACGUCAAAUUUCGUGUGUGGAAAUUGGGUACACGGAGCUGUAAGAGGACAGUGUCUAGCCUAGACCUCCUCCUUACGCGGCACGGCGCGUGCGCACUGGCCAGUGGAGCAUGGCCCGUAACAUGUAAACUCAAGGCAUUCACGUUGACUCAUAUUUCAUACUGACAGCAUAUUAAACUACGUUUAAUAGCCAUAAAGUGUUAUGGAGCCGUUAAAAAUAACGUGCAAAGGAUAAUGAACCUAACAGUUGCUAUAUUCAUUGUAAUGUGCGGUGUUUUGGCAUUAUGAUAAGUGAAACGUGCAAGUGAAGUAUUGUGUGUUCUCCGUUUGUGGAUAAAAACUGUGUUAAUUACGUAAAUAAAGUGAUUUUGUACAAAGUAGAUGCUCCCACAGAAGAUUCCUUUCAUGCAUCAUCCAGAUUUACUGUGACGUGCCUUGUAUCCUUCUUCCGUAUCAACGUUUAAGGGAUGUUCUCAAACUCAUGACUUCAAAAUCAUAUUUCUGUGUGUUUCUCUAAUCUCAGGUAAUUGUGAACACAAGUGUGCGAAAAGCUGUGUAAUUGAUUUGCGCCGAUGCCAGAGUGAAUUGCUUAAAAGGAAAAAAAAAUGUUCGAAACUACUUUUGUACUGAUGCAUUUGAAUAUUGCAGAUUACUUCAGGUUAUUAAUUAUGGCGCUGUGGAAGAAGUUAUUGGACUGCUGGAAAACACUCCAGUUACAAAGGAGGUGCUUGAGACUACACGGCUGGGACGAUACAUCAAUGAACUACGAAAGAAGACAACCGACGAAAUGCUUGCAAAACGUGCCAAAGGUCUGGUUCGUCAGUGGCGUCACAUGAUCAUGCCGGAGCGACAAAGUCCUGCACAUAGAGUGAACGGUGCGAGUGUUGGUGCAAGUGCGUGUGCCAGUGCAGGAGCAAGUCCAGUACAAAGUGGACCCACACCUGGACAUGGAGCUAGUCCGGGACCCCAUUCACCAGCAGGCUCUCCCGGUCGACCUCCACACCAUGCAGACUCUGUACCGAGGACCAUUGCCGCCAACAAGCGGCUCCGAAAAGAUGACUCGGACGAAGGUCAGCCUCCAGCUAAAGUCGCACGACAAGUGAAUGGCGGGCUUGAAACAGACAAUCCUAUAGAAAGUGUCCCUGCCGUUAAAGGCUCAGCGACGACUGGUAGGCGUCGCCGAGCUCACCGUUCAACUAACUGUCAUAAUGACGACAUAGUCAAAAAGAAAUUGGCUUCGGCAGCUCGAGCACUGCGUGUGAAGACUACUCAGGAACUGCUGGCCGGUCUGAGUUCUUGCACCAGCAGUGGAUCGUACACGCCUUCGAGUACGACUUCGGAGCCAAAACCGGUAUCUCCUGCAUUGCACGCACGGGCGUCUCCGGCAAUACGGCAGCCCUCGUCUCCGGCUUCGAGGCAGCCCGUGUCUCCGGCUUCGAGGCAGCCCGUGUCUCCGGCGGUGAGGCAGCCCGUGUCUCCGGCGGUGAGGCAGCCCGUGUCUCCGGCGGUGAGGCAGCCCGUGUCUCCGGCGGUGAGGCAGCCCGUGUCUCCGGCGGUGAGGCAGCCCGUGUCUCCGGCGGUGAGGCAGCCCGUGUCUCCGGCGGUGAGGCAGCCCGUGUCUCCGGCGGUGAGGCAGCCCGUGUCUCCGGCGGUGAGGCAGCCCGUGUCUCCGGCGGUGAGGCAGCCCGUUUCUCCGGCGGUGAGGCAGCCCGUGUCACCAGCGGUGAGGCAGCCCGUGUCACCGGCGGUGAGACAGCCCGUCUCUCCUGCACUGAGGCAACCUCUGUCUCCUGCAGUUGUGACCCCAGUGUCUCUGGUAGUGCGGAAGCCGGUAUCUCCUGUAGUGCGGAAACCGCUGUCACCUGUAGUGCGACCUCAUCAGCUACAAGUACAUUCUAACACCGCAGGUGUUCCACCCCAUGAACCUGUAUCUCGUACCCUGUGUACGUCACCUGCCCCAUCUGUACCAACUCCCUCCCCGACACCACCACUCAGAGACGAUGUCGGUACUGCUGUCAUCAGUAUGCCAUCUGUGAAAACUGCUAGUACGCAUUUGUCCUCGGUGAAGCGGGUACGCCAGUCUCGAAUCGAUGCGAGCUCUGUUCCCGCAGCCCAAACUGUAAAACCUCCCCCUCCUGCUCCGUCGCCCACUCCCUCACCUUCGCUGUCACCAGCUCGCUCAGUGUCAUCACUGCUGAACGCUGUCAGUGAUUCCACCAAAUCGGGCGAUAUCUGUGCUCAGAUUGCAGAAAUAAUGUCUAGGCUUCCUCCAAUUGAUGCCUCUGCAGUGUGUCGAGAGGAGAUCUCACCAUCUGUCCAUUGCGAUUACCAAGCAGAAGAUCUUCUGGAUGGCGAGAUAGAUGGUGUGACUGGAAAUGUGUCUCACGAUGGCAAGUUUAGAGAAUGGCACGAGUGUGUAUCGCGGACGACUGCAGCUGGAGAGUUGCUUCAUAUACUACCGUAUACAAUUAUAGACUAAGAUGAUUUGGUUGAUUUGGCUGUUAUAUUGUUGCAUGUCACGGAUACUGAGUAGUGACGUGUACGGAAUAUGAAAUAUGCGCACCUGUGACUGAUAACUGUGACUGCGCCAUUGGCUGUGGUAUGCUAGUCGUCACGCAGACUGGCAAAUGGACCGUAAUUUUGUGAAACUGCAGCCGUGAAUUGUGUAAUUAUGGUGCUGUCUGGGGUCUGAAGGAUAGAAAUACAACAGCGAUAUCAGGGAUUUGUGCAUUUGCCUAGUUAUGGUACAGUACGUGCCGUGUGCACAUGGCUUGUGAUAAUUGGCAUAAAGGACAUCCCCGUCCUGUAUUUGCAACCUCACAUUUUCCGUACGCUGGGAAGUCAAGUACCCUAUAUUUAAUUGGAUAUCGUUGCCAAAUGUAGGGUUACUGUUAAUAUUGUAUAGGCUACACUGCCCAAUGUUGAUUUGUUGUAAGCAUCAACUUAAUACAUAUUUACUAGUGAGUCCGAUUGUAACUCAGAGUUUUGUACAGUUGCCUGUGCCUUUUACUAGUUGCCUGUCAUUCACUGGAGGAAUGAUUUAGUACUUAGAUAUAUUUAUACUUCAUUUUUUAUUUAAUGAUAUGCUUCAGUUCUUCCAAGUGAAUUACUUGCAAGAAUCAAGUUUUUGGUAACAGUAUUUGAAACGUAUCAAGCCAGAAUUCAUAUAGCUACUUAAACUGCAUACAACGAGAUGAAGAAUGCUUACAUUUGUCACCUUUCAUUAUUACCAUUAACACCAGCCAGUGAUGUUAAAGAUACUUAAUUAUGUAGUUUUUAACAUUUAUUCAGUCCUCCGUUGUGGAGAAAUAAAAAACCUGUUCCAAUCAAUAAGCAACACCAACAAACCAAGUUUUUGUAAUUUGCAUGUCAAAAGGUGCCUGCCAUUCAAUUCUAAACUGAAAGAAAAGUGUUUUCCUUGCAUAAACGCAUGUGGGCUGACAAGCUUGAGUAUUUGGAACUCUUUGUUCUGUUAUGUGGCAAUUUUCUGUUGGAAGACUGUUAGUAUGUCAUGCCACAUCAUUGGUGAUAAUGGUUCAUAAUAUAAAGUUCCUGAGAUACUUCCCAGAAUUUUGUAUCACAAGUUAUCAGUGUAUUCAUUGUCAUAUAAUGAAUUCUGCUACAUUGAUUUAAAAAGAUAACUUAAAUAUCAGCUGCCCAUAAUAGCUACAGCAUGUUUCUGUUACUUUUUUUUCCCUUCUUCUUCUUUCUCGUUAGGUUAAAUGUGACCAUUGUGUUAAAGUGCCAUCAUCCCCGACUCAUUUCAGCAAAUAAACUUUCAAUUGAUGCUGUAUACUUCCAUUUUGUGCAGAAAAGUCUAUGUUUUAAAUUAAUGUCAUAAACUGUUAAUUUGUGCUAAAUUUUGAUGUAUGAAAGAAAAAAAAUCUCAGUUUUACAGUCUCAAUAUAUGGAACAGAAUUCUAGGAGGAGGGAUUCAGAAAACUUGUUCCAACUCUGUAAUGCAGACAGUCCAACAGUUACAAAAGAGUAUAAAUAUGUUGCUUAUGUUUUGUUGUUGGAAUAUUUCUAGCAGGCCAAUAAUUUUAAGCCCAUUAUGUUGUUGCAUUCGUGAGUUAGCCAAAGCUUUAAUAUUCAACCAUGAUAAUCAAAAUGGGCAAUAUAAAGCAGCUCCUGCGGUUAACGUUGUGCUGAAAAUUAUGUACUUGUUGAGCUAGCAUUACUGUUCUCAUGAUACUGUGAUAAAGAUUAUUUGUAUUUAAACUGUAUAUAGUAAAUAGAAACUUAUCAGUUUAUGUUAUGGAAUUGAUUAAAUAUUUUUCUAAUGGCAAGAUAGCUGUUUUCCUUUACAGUAAAUCAGUUUAAAUUGUAGCUUAAUUUCUUUCAGUUCAACUGAGGUGUCACUGUAGACUCGGCAUUUUAGUUAUUACAUAAGAAAUAAUUUAAAAUUUCUCAGUGAGUAGUAAUGUAAGACCUACAUAACACAGCAGAUGUGUGGCCUCCUUCCCCCCUACUUACCACCUCCCUCCACUUCACUUCCUCACUUCUCCCCAGCUAUACCUGUUCACUUCAGCACUUCACCCCUCUACUCCACCCUUUCACUCCACCAUUUUAUCGCUUCUGUCACUCUUUUACUCCACCACUUCUCACUUUUUGCCCCUGCUUCACUCCACCACUUCUCAUCUUUCCUCUUGCACUCUAUCACUUGUAAUCCGUCCCCCUUCACUCCACCACUUCCCAUCUUCUGUUCCUUCUUCACUCCACCACUUAUCACCAUCUGCCCCCCUUCAUUCCACCACUUCUCACCAUCUGCCCCCCUUCAUUCCACCACUUCUCACCAUCUUUCCCCCUUCACUCCACCAUUUCUCACCAUCUGUCCUCCUUCACUCCACCAUUUCCAUCUUCUUUCCCUGCUCCACUCCACCACUUCUCACCACCUGGCCACCUCCCCCCCCCCCCCCCCCCCCACCUUUCACUCCACCAUUUCUCACCUUUUGCCCCUGCUUCACUCCACCACUUCCUCACCUUUCGCCCCUGCUUCACUCCACCACUCUGCAUCACUGUUCCCCAUCUGCCCUCCUUAGAAUACGACUUCUCUCUCCACUUUUCUCAUGCCACUAUCUAAUUUUUACCCCAUUUUUCCCGUGUGCCUCCACGUAAUAGUCCCCCCCCCCCCUCUCUCUCUCUCUCUCUCUCUCUCUCUCUCUCUCUCUCUCUCUCUCUCUCUCUCUCUCUCUCUCUCCCCCCCCUCUCCCUCUCUCCCUCUCUCCCCCCCCCUCUCCCUCUCUCUCUCUCAUCCUAGGCAGCUUUCUUAAUUCAGUUUGGCAGGUCACUGCUUCAUGGAACAUAUGUUAGUAAAAUCACUUCUACAUCUUGUGAUAAAUAGUUCCAAGGUACUGAUACAAAAGACUGACAUUGUAUGUUUAUAUUACAGAAAAUUCUGAGAGACAUCUCACUUUUUAGACUGUGCCUUAAAACUGGUUGUAAAUGAUGACAUCAGUUUUAGAAUAUUUGUAUUUAACUGUGAUAACGUCUGUCUUAUUGCUGUAUGCUUGACUUUAGAACUGCUGCCACAAUUCAGGCACUUCCUAUGUUAAAACAUUUUUCUUCAUAUGCCACACUGCUGUAUGUAGGUUAAAAUGCUAGAUUGUGAGUUGUAUACAGUUAUACUGUAAAAAAACAGUGUACAUUCUAUUUGCUAGCAGUCUUGUCUGCACUGUUUGAUUUUCAUAAUAAUGAAUGUAUUAAGCAUAUAUUCAGAAGCUGGGUUGAAUAUUGAUAUAGGGAAAGUAAAAACAAACAUUACCACUUAAGUACAAAGUCAGAAUGUAAUUCCUUAAAAUAGACUGCCAGAAUUUUUGCAACAGCAGAGGCAUUUGUUAGAUAUUCAUAGCAAGGUGAAAAUGCUCUGGAAUUCAAACUCCAGACACUGAGUGUUGCUAUACAGUUCAGCUAAUGUUUCCUCCUCCCUUACCUCCACUCUGUGUUGGUUAAAAUUUUAUUUUUAAUCAUAUCAGAAUAUUUUGUUCAUUCCAUAUUUGUAGGUAUUAGUAAUUUCUGCACCCAGAUGAUUUGUGUUCCUUCAGAUAUGUUAAUUUUUAAGAUCUAGAGAGUGAUUUUGGAAGUUUUUUCUAAAAGUGUUUUGCUAUUGUUAUUGAACAAUACAGGAUAUUUGUGGAUUGUUCAUCAAUAAAUGAAGUGAAGCU